AUGGGCCUCAUGUUUUUAUUGCAAAGCAUGUUCUGCCUUGGGUUCACUAUGCUUGUGUACGGUAUGACCUGCUCGGGACUCACCUUACUUGCGCUAGACUUCCUGCACUUGGACUUGGCACCGCUGCCGCAGACGCACUGUCAGAUAGGGUUGAUGCUGCCAGCAUAUGGAUUGACCAAGCUCGAGACACCACUGCUGGUCCUUGACCAUGUGAGUCUUGAGCCGCCAACGUCACUCCGACACUUUGUUCGCUCGGGGUCAACUGCAUUGACUUAUGGAACUGCGCGAAUUGGACUUACUGCCUUGGCCUUGGACUUCAUGCACUCUGAGCCGUCGCUGUCAAUUCGAGGCCUCCAGAGGAUUGAGGCAGCAAUGCCUGCGUAUGGGAUGUCGUGUCCCGGCAGCACGCCACCAGUGUUGGACCACAUCCAUUUGGGUUCAUCCCUGUCUCCUCGAAGCUUCAUCUGGCUCGGAAGUUCCAUGCCAGUGUAUGGAAUGGCCUGCUUGGAAGCGCUCUUGUUGGUGCUGGAUCACUUUGCUUUGGGCAGCAUGUUGCCUGCACGGACCAUGUCACGACCGGGCUUCACGCCCUUCGCAUAUGGAUUUGCGUGCACAGGAUUCCCUUUACCUGUGCUGGAUCCCGUCACGAUUGGCUUGGCCUCCUCUCUAAGGGGCCUUGCUCGCCUGGACUCGCCCAUGUUCAUAUACGGCAUGUGUGUGGUCACUGAAGGCUUUCGGACAAGAGGCUAUGCCGAGUUUUGCAGCUCGUACUCCGUGAGAAGUUUUGCUCGUCUGGGCCUGCCUUCGUUUGCAUAUGGGCUGUCGUGGCCUGACUUGUCUCUUCCAACCCUGGAUCUUGUACAGAUUGAAUCCGUCCUAUCCUUGAGGGGCUUUUCGUGGUCAGGAGCUUCGCUUCCUGUGUUUGGACUAGCUUGCCUCGGGUCGCCGCCCCCAAUUUUGGACUUCGUGUGCCUGGAGUCCUUGAUGUUCGUCAGCAGCUCCAUGCAAGCCGACAGGACUCUUUCAGCAUCCGACCAUGCGAGCAUGCAAAGCUCCCUCCCUCUGAGGGGCUUUGGCAGGCUUGGCUCCUCCAUAGCUGUCUACGGCAUGACAUGGCCAGGUUCCCCGCUGCUUGCCUUGGACUUUGUGCACACGGAAUCCCCGUUGCUCCUGCGAACCUUCUCUUGCUUGGAAGUGGUUGCGGCUGUAUAUGGCGUUAGUUGCUUAGGGCCCUUGCUGUCAGCUCUUGACUAUGCAAGUGCAGAGUUCUCAUCUCCUUUGCAAGGCCAUGCGCGACCUGGGCUGGCACCACCUGUGUUUGGCUUAACCUGCCCUGAAUCACCGUUGCUGACUGCAGACUUUGUCUCUCUCGGUUCCUUGCCUUCUUUGCGUGGUUUUUGUCGGAUUGGAUCGACAUCACCUGUUUAUGGCAUCACGCGGGUUGGCUUGUCGCUGUUUGCCUUGGACUUCCUGAUGACAGGGAGCCUGUUGCUGCUGCAGUCGCUUGCCUGUUUAGGUUCUCUGAUGCUUGCUUACGGCAUGUCGCGUUCGGGCCCCUUGCCAUUAGUGCUCGAUCUUUGCCAUGUCGAUUCUUCUUCGCCAGCUAAGGGCUUUGCAAGGCCUGGCAGUGCUAUUUUGGCUUACGGCAUUGCUCGAUGUGGGCUCACGUUGCUUGUACUGGACUCUGUGAAUCUAGGGCUGGCUGUAUUCCUGCAGGGCUGGAUGCAAGCUGACCUGGUGCCUUCAGCUUAUGGCAUGUCACGCUCAGGGCCGAUUUCAUCCGCGCCCGAUUCUGUGCACUCGGGACUCUGCACGCCGUCGAGGUACUUCGUCCGCCUGGAGCCCAGCAUUCUCGUGUAUGGUAUGUCCUGUUCAGAUUCCCUGUUGCCUGCUUUGGACUCUGUGCAUCUGGGGCCACCUUUGUUUGUGCAAAGCCUCUGCUGUAUCGACUUCUUGGUGCCUGCGUACGGAAUGAGCUGUCUUGAGUUGACCAUGUCGCUUUCGGAUUUCGUCUCGCUGGAAUCAUUCUUGCCCCUACGCAGCUUCGCCUGCCUUGGCCCAGUUCCGUUGGCGUACGGCUGUGUCCGCCUGGACCUCCUGCUUUUGCUACCGGACCUCAUUCACUCGGGACCGUCACUCUUGUCACAGGCUCAUGCGUGA